GGACAUGUCUCACCACUGCUGAUUACCCUUUUAGUGUGAGACUUUUACGUUAACCAAAGUGUGUGCAAAUUAUGUGUUAUUGGAAUUUAGAUGCAAUGAGUGUGAGAGUUAUGAAUUAUUGACUGACAGUGGGCCCACUCAAAUAAUUGACUGCUUAAUAGAUGUAUAAUUGGGGCUGAAAUGGGUUUUAGAACAUCAUCAAGAAUUGAACACAAAAACAAAGAUGAAGGUGGUGGUAAGAGAAUCGACGAUGGUGAAGCCAGCCGAGGAGACACCGAAGGUGAAGCUAUGGAACUCUUGCCUCGAUCUCAUUGCCCCCAACUUUUACACACUACUGGUGUAUUUUUACCGGCCCAAUGGUGCUCCCAACUUCUUUGAUACGAAAGUGAUGAAGGACGCUUUGAGCAGGGCGUUGGUUGCGUUUUACCCAAUUGCAGGGCGACUUAGACAAGGCAAAGACGGCCGAAGUGAGAUUGAUUGUCAAGGAUAAGGUGUGUUGUUUUUGGAAGCUGAGUCCGAUGGUGUUAUCGAUGAUUUCGGUGAAUUUGCACCUCAAUUGGAGUUGUUGAAACUCUUUCCCUAUCAGGGAAUUGACUUGGAUCUUUUGCUAGUCUUGCAGGUAACAUACUUUAAAUGUGGCGGGGUUUCGCUAGGAGUCGGUAUGCACCAUCAUGUCAUGGAUGGGAUGUCUGCGAUGCACUUCAUUAACACAUGGUGCGAUAUGGCUCGUGGCCUUGGCAUCACUCUCCCAUCUUUCAUAGACCGGACCCUCCUCCGUGCACAAGACCCACCACAACCUGUUUUUGACCACGUCGAAUACCACACAGAUCCAACGAUCCCAUCAGAUGAAACCAAAACCGUCUACUCAAUUUUCAGGUUAACACGAGACCAACUCAAUACGCUAAAAGCAAAAUCAAAGGAAGCUGAUGCUAGCACGAUCAGUUAUAGCACUUUUGAAAUUGUCUCGGGCCAUGUUUGGAAGUGCGUGUGUAAAGCCCGUGGGCUGGGAGACAAUCAGGCCACCAAGCUCAAAAUUGCAGUCGAUGGACGGGCCCGCUUACAACCACCACUUCCACCUGGCUAUUUUGGAAAUGUAAUCUUUACAGCCGCUGCUAAAGUGACUGCUGGCGAAAUUCAAUCCAAGCCUUUCUGGUACGCUUCAAGUAAAAUCCAUAAUGCUUUAGCGAUGAUGACUAACGAUCAUCUAAAAUCAGCACUCAAUUAUCUAGAACAACACCUGGAUAUAAAGCGUGAGGAUUAUAUGCACACGAAUCUUCAAGUAAUAAGUUGGGCUGGUAUCCCAAUUCACAACGCUGACUUUGGAUGGGGCCGGCCCAUCUACAUGGGCCCUGCACGGAUCCCAUCAGGAGGUAGGUGUUAUGUGUUACCAAGCCUGAUAAACGAUGGGAGCUUAUCGAUCAUCAUUGGGCUGGAGGUUGAACAAAUGAAGCUUUUCAGCAAAUUGUUGUAUGCAACAAUAAUUGAUCCUUUUAUCAGUAGGUUAUAGUUAUUUAUUUAUUUAUUUGUUCUGCAUUAUUAUUUUAUUGUUCUUAAAAACUAAUGAUCUAUGCAAAGAACCAGUACUUUAUUUUGGUGAUAUAGUUAAUGCUAAGCUGUGAUGA